CUUCCGUUCCCGUUGUGUGAGGGGCCGAAUCCCAAACGGCCUCCGCGCUGCUCCUGCUGCCGCCGGGGUCUGGAGCCGGGCCUGGGGGCGCGGCGCCGUGCUGCGGCCUCCCCCGCUCCCUGCCACCUCUCCGGCCUCGCUGCGGCCCGGCCGGCCGCGCUCCUCCUCUCUCCCGGCCCGCUUCGCCAUCCCGCUCCCUUCAGUCGGGCCCAUCGCUCCCCUCCGAGCCCAGCCCGGGUCUCCCCCUCUCCCCGCCUCGGCCAAGCCCGCUGCCUCCCCUCAGCCCCGCCGCUACCCGGGGUCCCCUCGGCCGAGCCAUGUCGCUGCACGGGAAGCGGAAGGAGAUCUACAAAUAUGAGGCGCCCUGGACCGUGUACGCCAUGAACUGGAGCGUCCGGCCGGACAAGCGGUUCCGUCUGGCGCUGGGCAGCUUCGUGGAGGAGUAUAACAACAAGGUGCAGCUUGUUGGUUUGGAUGAAGAGAGCUCAGAAUUCAUUUGCAGGAAUACCUUUGAUCACCCCUACCCUACCACAAAGCUUAUGUGGAUCCCAGACACCAAGGGAGUAUAUCCAGACCUGUUGGCAACCAGUGGUGACUAUCUGCGAGUGUGGAGAGUGGGUGAAACAGAGACCCGUCUGGAGUGUUUGCUGAACAAUAACAAGAACUCUGAUUUCUGUGCUCCACUGACAUCAUUUGACUGGAAUGAAGUGGAUCCUUACCUUCUAGGUACCUCUAGUAUUGACACAACCUGCACUAUUUGGGGUCUGGAGACAGGACAGGUUCUUGGAAGAGUAAAUCUGGUCUCUGGCCACGUGAAGACCCAGCUUAUUGCGCAUGACAAAGAGGUGUAUGACAUAGCAUUUAGCCGUGCAGGUGGUGGGAGAGAUAUGUUCGCUUCAGUUGGUGCAGAUGGCUCGGUGAGGAUGUUCGAUCUCCGUCAUCUGGAACACAGCACCAUAAUUUAUGAGGACCCACAGCACCAUCCACUGCUGCGUCUCUGCUGGAAUAAGCAGGAUCCCAACUAUCUUGCUACAAUGGCCAUGGAUGGCAUGGAGGUUGUGAUUCUAGAUGUCAGAGUUCCCUGCACGCCUGUUGCUAGGUUAAACAACCACAGAGCAUGUGUAAAUGGAAUUGCUUGGGCACCUCAUUCUUCCUGCCACAUUUGUACAGCAGCGGAUGACCAUCAGGCUCUCAUCUGGGAUAUCCAGCAAAUGCCUCGUGCCAUUGAGGACCCUAUCUUGGCCUAUACAGCAGAGGGAGAAAUCAACAAUGUACAGUGGGCAUCAACUCAGCCAGACUGGAUAGCUAUCUGCUACAACAACUGCCUGGAGAUUUUGAGAGUGUAACAUUACUGCUUCAUGCCACAUUGAGGCAGGGCUGUAUAAUUUCCCCUCCCCUCUAAAGUAAGAACAACACAAGUCAAGUGGCCAGUAUCUGUUGUUGCUUUGCAUCUACUGUUACAAGAAACUGUUACAAGAAUCAAUGGCAGGUGUCUCCUGUCCCUCCAAGACUCUAAAAUGCAGAGACGUGCUGAGCCUCUUGGACCUUCUGGGUUCUGGUUUUCUUUUUUUUUUUUUUCCUCAGUUAAAGUUCUGUAUAUUUGUUUGUUGACUGUAUUAAUAAGCUUGCAGGCUUUUAAGUUGCUGCGUAUGUCCAUGUGUUUGUCAGCCAGCUGAGGCAGCACAUCAACUAGUUUAAUAGAUGCAGGUGCAAAACAAGGUGGGGGAAAAAGACAUUAACAGCCACCUUGGCAGGAAUCUUUAUCAUUCCUGUUGUUGCUGCCUCUAAACUGUUUAAACAUUUGUAUGUUUUUUAUAUAUUGGGCUAACUUUCUAUUGAGUAAGGUUUUUCUCCCUAAUUCUUACUUUUGAUAUGUGAUCCACUUCCAUAUGCCCAAAGCAGGAUCUAUUCGUUGAUACAAAUCACAAUAACACUACAGGCUCCCUGGCAGUAAAGGCCUGCCAAUUAACUGUUGCCUUGGCUCUCUAUACCUGGUUACCUGGGCAGAAUUUUCUGGUGCUGUGAAGUACAAGUACUUGUUGCACAAUUUCUUUACACUUUUCUGAUGCUAGAGGCAGUUGUUACUGUGGUAGGCCUUGUUUUUAAAUUAUAACUGAAUUUGUGUGUAUCCUGCAGUUGUGUUAGCUAACAGAAUGGUAAUAGGUUUCAGAAAGAAGAUAUGUGCAUGACUUAAGCUCCCAGGAGGUAAACAACUCCUGAAAAAAUGUGAUUUGUAAUGGACUUGGGAUUGACACUUCCAGUCAAAUGAUUUCCCCUCAGAAGACUUACUAUCUAAACCAAAAUAAAAUGGUUUCACACUUUGUAGCUUGCUUGAUUGGCAAAUAAUAUGAGCAAGAUUUUUGUGGUUAGCCUGUACGUUGGAGCUUCUUUGCGUUUGGCCUGUGUUCCUGGGAGUUCUUGAAAGGAGUGCAAAGCAAUCUUUUUUCCGACAUGUAUUUGCUUUGUACUGUCAGGUCUUGUUGAAUGAGCGAGAUGAGUUGGAAAGGCUGGUCUGCUAUCCAAAUGAAAGCUGUUUCUCUGAAAGAAAUUAUUCCCUAAUGUAAUGCACAAUGAUGGAUUUAAAAGGAAAGAAACUGUGCCAUAGAGGCUAAGGUUUGGCACUUGUCAUCCUCGUAUCUAUUGGGGAUGUGCCCAAGGGCUUCUGUUUCUGUUUUGAAUAGUGGAUCGCUCUACAGUAAUACUUUUCAAUCAAAGCUGAGUGGAUUAGGCAAGAUAAAAAUCUUUGUUGAUAACAUAGCUACUUGGAUGAAUGCUCUGCAGUACUCUCCCAGUGAAGACAUGACAACCAUAGCUGGUCUGUAAGGGUAUACCAGCUGAGUUUUGAUGUGAAUGUCAGAAACUAUCAAAAUUGUCUUUCCACCUAAUGAGUAUUCACCUGCAACUGGAGGCAGCAUUAUAAAUAGUAGGACACUGGAAAAGUUGAAUCUUGUCAGUUUAUGCAGGAAAGGCAAGUUGGGAAAAGCAAUUGCUGUGUAACAGUGAAGCUGACGCUGAAAGCGCUGUCAAAUACAGAACAGAAUUUGAAAAGUUUUGUCAUUCUGGACAUACAGAAAUACUCUUCUACAGACUGCUUCUCAACAUGGAGCUCAGAAAAGCACUGCCUUGUGAAUUUGAUAGGAAUUCAUUAGGGAGAGCUGUAUUCCAUCACCCCUUUUAAUAUCAGAGAACCAAGAGACUCUUAACACAGUUCAAGCUCGUGUUUUGUCAAUGAUGUUCUGUGUUCAGUUGUGGGAUAUUUGACAGAAAGCUUGACUUGACUUGAAGGUCCGGUUUUCUUAUUAGCAGCAGUGCCAAGAGUAGUGUGUUCCACAGACAGAUUUGAUCGAGAUUUCGGAACAGCAUUAGCCAAACAAUUAGGUUAUCACUUUUUACAAUAGCACUUCAUCUUAAACUGGAAAAUACUUAUGCAGACUGAAGUGAAAAUUAGGAUUUUCUUAGCAGAAGCAUAUAAUGGCAUUCACAGCUUUAGAUACUCAUGUAAAAUAUGUAUACAGGCUUGCCAUGUACUGUUUAAUUACAAAUGGUAGGCAUAAUAUGCUGUGUUACUAAGAGGGAACUACCUGUAAUAUUAGUACUUUUUGUAGUUCCCUUUAUGCUUCAAAGUCUCAUGCUCGUAUAGAUGCCAUGAGUAAAAGAUGAAAUGUGUCUGUUGCUUAACUUAAAAAUGCAACUGUAGAAUUGUGCUUUAAAAAAAGGCAUAAGAUAAUUUAGUUGAAAGUGAAGUCACUAGAAGACUCCAUAGGCUAUGCUAAAUGGCAAAUGCAAUUUAUUCCUAGAGGAAUACGAUCUGUUACACUAAGAUGAUGAGAAGAGAGCAUGUAUAAAGGGGCUAAUAGUCUGAAUAGCCAGGUAGCUUUUGCUACUCUUGGAAAACAAUCCUGUUGUGAAUCUGAAGAGGAUCCAGUGUCAGUCCUUCCAUCCAUAAAAGUGCUUGAAGUUAAUUUGUGGAAUUGGGUGCUCAUUCCAAACUCAUCAAAGGCAAGUGAGCAAGUGUAGGCUCCAGUGGAUUCUAAAUAAAGCCUAUAUCCUGUUUGUUUAGUCAGUUGGGGUACCUUCUGGGUCUACAUACUGCUUUGGGCAUAAUCAAUUGCCAUUCUUCAUAUGAAAUUACAUUUGAAAUCACUAGAGGCUGUUUUGGAACAGGGAAAUGCUACUUAAAAUAGCUUCUUUUCAAAGAAGUUGCUUUAAAGGUUAAUGACUGAAAAGACAUGAAAAUCCUCAUGGGUGAGAUGUUCUGUAGUGCAAAUGGCACUUCCAUAUAGAAAAGGAAGUGAGAGACUUUGACGCCCUUUUGCCAGCACCUGCUGACACAGUGGCAGGGAGCUAACAGUCUACUUGCUGGUUCAAGUUUAUUUGCAAGAUAAAAUAAAACCCUGAGACUUGUCACUGUAGCUUGUGAAUCAGAAGAUAUAGUUUAUCAUAUUUCACCUGCUUAACAUUCAAUUAUGUUGGGUGUAAAGCCCCCAUAAGCAUUAUUUUUACCAAAGUUUAUGAAAAUAAAUACUUUGAUAUUUGACUUCAAUAAUUUUGUGCUUACUGCACAAGCAGAGGAUGCAGAGCAACUGCUUUCAAAUGCCUCAUAUCCCUUGAGUAUAAAGUAACAUUAAGGGAAAAGUGAGCAUCAGUGAGGUUAGCAAAGCAGAAAAGCACAUGCUAUUGUUGGUACAGGCAAGACUGAUUCUGGGACAAAAAUAUUUUUCUCUGACUUAAGUAGUUCUGUAUCACUUCUCCAGUCGAUUAAUUCAAGAUACUAAGCUAUUGUUUAGUUGUUACGUUCUGUUUAAACCAAGCUUUCCAUAGAUUCCUACUAUUUAUAUGGACAACCUGUUGCUAGUAUAUUGGCUCUCAACCAGGAGAUCUUGAUCGUGUAAAACUCAUUAGUGAGGUGAAAACGUACAGAAAACAAGUUGGAUGUUGGAUUAUCAUGUAGUAUGCCAACUCUGUUAAUUGUCUAAAUGAAAUGGGCUAUGGUAGGUUGCAUCUAUGGGAAUUGUACUUCUGCAUGCAGGGAUUUAAAAGGCAAGGAUUUGAGUGCUUUGACAAUCUAUUUAGAAAGAAAACAGUGGUUUCAAAGAAUGAUAUGAAAGGAGACUGAUAAUACAGGUUGUUCCUUAUGGAACCUUGAAAUGUACUUAACGGGGGAGGCAUUGCCUCUCAUAAGUCAAAGUUAAUGAUCCUUUCAAAACUUAGCUGUAAUUACUCUCCUGAAUGUUCUGGAUAAUAGUAAAAAGAUCUAUUUUUGCCUGGUGUUGCAAUGAGAAAGCUGCAUCAGUCUCAAUUGUAGAUCACUGCCUGCCAGAGACUAGGUGAGGGGAGGAGUCCGAUAUAUUGGAAUUCGCAGAUGCUCUUGUGCUUGUUUUAAAUGUAAAUGAAGAAAGCUGAGUGUGUCUGUUUUGUUCUCUUGCAGAUGGCACUUUAACAAGUAUAUUUUUGGUAAGAUUAGGAGGAUAGUCAUCUUUUCCUCAGCCCUUUUAUGGUAGGCGUUUGUCUAUGUUUUGUAUAAAAUGUUAAACACAACAGUCACUGAAAUCCUAAACUGGUUGUCAGUAUCUACUGGACCUUGAUCUGUUUCUACUGAACAUCAAAAAUGUGAACACUUGAUAAUACUGUUAAUGUUAAACUGACGCUCUGUAUUCUGAGACUGACACAAUCUUGCAAGGCCAACCCAAGUAAUGUAGUGUUGCUUGUCACCCGGAGAGUCCCCUUUGCUUAGGAACUUGGUGUUUGGGAAUCUUCUUUUCCACCAUCUGAACAUGAUAGCAGUAGUGGCAGGUUGGUUGUGUAAAGACGUAGCUGGAUUCUUUCGAUAACUUAUUUUUGUGAUGGAAAAAAUGCAGCUGCUGUCUGUAAAUUCAUACAACCUUAAUUCUUGAACUUGUCAAUUCCAUAUGUUAGUGGUGCUUUAACUCUUCCAGGACACACUGGAAAGGAUGAAUGGCAGCAAGGGUAAGCUCUUGGAUCAAUAGAUUGCACAGUUACAGUUCAUCAAAGUACUGAAGGGUUUAGUCUUCCCACUGCUGGUUAGCAAAAUGGUCCUACCACCUCAAAUCCAGAGUGUGUUAUCCUGUCAGUUAACACAAAUUCUCUGAUAUGUAUUUCCUGCUUUCUACUGUCAGACCAAUAUUCCAGAGCAGGCCUGUAUUUAUUGUAGAGUGGGCAUUAAAAUUAGGUGUCCAAAAUCAGUUCUGGAAUGGGCAAGGUACCGUCAACUAUGUCCCUGUUUCUCUUGAUCUUUGCAGAGAAUCCAGGGAAUUAAUUGUAUGUGGCACUUAAAGAGCACUUUCUCAUGCUUACUUAGAGAUGCAGCUGUAUUUCCCCCUGCUUACCCGAGAAGAGUCAGAAAUGUCUCAUUCUCAAGGAUAUUGAGAGGAGUACAGCAUGCCCCUGACUCCUUUUUUUUUUUUUUUUUUUAGGAAGAGAUCUCCAGAACUUCCUAUCAGCACCUUUCACCAGCACUAAAAAUCAGUUACUAAAAAUGCAACUAAAUACCAGUCACUGAAUGCUCAUGUAGUGAUUCAUGGCAGACUCCAGAGGCAAAGGCAGUUGUGAGACUUGCCUGCUGCUGCCUGAUGUCAGAUGAUAACUUUGUCUGCCAAGUAUCUCAGUGGCCUGUUGUGCAGCCUCUGAUACUCAGCACCAAGCUAGAAUUUCCAUAAUCAUAGAAAUAAAAUAAAAAUUAUCUGUGUGGCUUCCAUCAAGUUUAUUUCUUUUCAGAAAAUCCAACAAAACUAAGAAAUAAGCUAUUUCCUGAAAAAAUACUGUGGCCAUGAGUAGCUGUAAGCCCGUGUUCCAGCUCUCAUCCCUUGGAGUUUGCUUUCCUGUUUGCAAGACGUGCAACUCGAGUCUCCUCUGUUAGAGAUGAGGAUUGGUCUGUCGAAUCUGAACAAAGACAGAAAUGCAAGAACCAGUGAAUGAAAGAGUCCUAGUACAGCUGAGAAGCGAUGUGUUGCUUUUUUUUGACAACCUGGUAAAUAUGAAAUCUACUAUUUAAAAGGAACCUUUUUUUUUAAACUUGGGUUGCUAGGAGUGUAAAAUGUAAUUUAAAUCUGUUGCGCCGAAGCAUUUUUGUUACCAAUAGUCAAGUAGGAGAUGUUUACUUUUAUGUGUGUUUUCCCUUCUGCUCUUCCCAUUCACAGUCCCGUUGUGGUAAUUUCCUGAAGGUGUAAUCUUUGUAGCAUGAUUGUACAAACAUCCAUAUGAGAUUCCUGACUUCUUGUUCUCACUAAAAUAUGUUAAAGCAAUAGUAGUUUUACUUCUGUCCUUCUUUUCUCCACCUUCCGUAUUGAGAUUUGCAACUUCGCUACUAUACUGUCCUAGAGGAAUCCUAGUAUCCUGCUAUUCAACAGACAUAUGUUGUUGACAUGGAUAACUGCAGUGUCCCUAUAUUCCUUUAUUUUUAUGGAGAAAAUACAAAAGGUUUUGUUACAAUGGAUUUUAACACCUAGUCAUGGAACCAUAUUGUUGAAACUCUGUAAAUUUUAAGGCAAUUUUCUGAAAUCGCUUGAAAGUGGAAUGUUGCAUCCUUUUAUGCUAUUUCCUGCUUCCUAUGUAGUUUUAUUCAGAUUUUUUAACCUUCUUUCUAAGUUUCAGCCUCCUGUGUAUUAGGUACAGUAUUUUCUGCCUUUCAUACUUUGUAAUAAAAAUGGAACAUUUGUAGAUUGA